GUUCCAACGGAUCUCCAAAGAGAACAGAGAAGAAGAACAUAGCUGCCAAGUUUUCCCUUUUCUCGCGAGGAAGCCUAUUCAGCAUAAGGGAAAAUCCCUGUAAAAAAGGGAUAACUUGGCAGCUAUGGAAGAAGCCUGCCCGUCUUUCCGUCGAUAGGGUUAAAUCAAACAGAUCUGGAGUCCUAGAGAGGACAGGAAGUAGAGAGGCGGGGCACGUACUCCAGAGCAGAACCCCCGCCCUCCGUGCCCAGCCUUUUCCGGCGUCUCUUCUCUCUUGUCUCCUCCACUUGCUGCCUCGGACCCUGCAGCUUGUUUUGGCUCCUUGACUCCUCAGGAAGGAUGAAAGAGACAGAUCCUGCAAAGCUAGCGAGGAUGGAAGGGGGAAGAUGGACGGUUGACCUGGUCAGGUUGUCUCCUGCAUCCCUCCCCACAACCUCUGAGCAUUCCCUCCCAGGGACUUCUGAGAGAUCUGAUGGUGAUGAAUUGGAAGGGAAGAACAAGGGGGACCACAAGAGAGUCCACAUGGCAGAGAAGUCAGAGUGUGGAGAGAACAUCCGUCAGAGCUCCCAGUCCACCUCCCAUCAAAGAAAAUCCUUCGUUCAGAGGGAUAGCCUCACUUCACAUGAAAGAGCACAGAGUAGGGAGAAAUUGUAUCAGUGCAGAGAAUGUGGGAAGACCUUCAGUCGGAAGGAUAAACUCACUUUGCAUCAAAGAAUUCAUACAGGGGAGAAACCCUAUCAGUGCUUGGAAUGUGGAAAGAGCUUCAUUCGGAAGGAUAGUCUCACUUCCCAUCAAAGAAUUCAUACAGGGGAGAAACCCUAUCAGUGUCAAGAAUGUGGAAAGAGCUUUCGUCUGAGUGCUAGUCUCACUUCCCAUCAGAGAAUUCAUACAGGGGAGAAAACCUAUCAGUGCCAAGAAUGUGGAAAGAGUUUCAGUCAGAGGCAUAGUCUCACUUCCCAUCACAGAAUUCAUACAGGGGAGAAACCCUAUCAGUGCUUCCAAUGUGGAAAGAGCUUCCGGGAGGGGACCAAGCUCACUUACCAUCAAAGAAUUCAUACAGGGGAGAAACCCUAUAAGUGCUUGGAAUGUGGGAAGAGCUUCCGGGAGGGGACUAAGCUCACUUCCCAUCAAAGAAUUCAUACAGGUGAGAAACCCUAUCAGUGCUUGGAAUGUGGAAAGAGCUUCAGUCACCGGCAGAGUCUAACUACCCAUCAAAUAGUUCAUACAGGGGAGAAACCCUAUCAGUGCUUGGAAUGUGGGAAGAGAUUCAGUCAGAGAGCCAAUCUCACCUCCCAUCAAAUAAUUCAUACAGGGGAGAAACCCUAUCAGUGCUUCAAAUGUGGAAAGAGCUUUCGUCUGAGUGCUAAUCUCACUUCCCAUCAGAGAAUUCAUACAGGGGGGAAACCCUAUCAGUGUUUGGAAUGUGGAAAGAGCUUCAGUUACAGGCAGAGUCUCACUUCUCAUCAAAGAAUUCAUACAGGGGAGAAACCCUAUCAAUGCUUGGAAUGUGGAAAGAGCUUCCGGGAGGGGACCAAGCUCACUUCCCAUCAAAGAAUUCAUACAGGGGAGAAACCCUACCAGUGCUUGGAAUGUGGAAAGAGCUUCAAUCGGAAUGAUAGUCUCACUUCCCAUCAAAAAGUUCAUACAGGGGAGAAACCAUAUCAGUGCUUCGAAUGUGGAAAGAGCUUCAGAUAUAGCUCCAAUCUCACUUCCCAUCAAAGAAUUCAUACAGGGGGAAAACCCUAUCAGUGCUUGGAAUGUGGAAAGAGCUUUCGUCAUAGAGAUGCUCUCACUUUCCAUCAAAGAGUCCAUAUAGGGGAGAAACCAUAUCAGUGCUUCGAAUGUGGAAAGAGCUUCAAUCGGAAGAGUAGUCUCACUUCCCAUCAAAGAAUUCAUACAGGGGAGAAACCCUAUCAGUGCCAAGAAUGUGGAAAGAGCUUCAGUCACAGGCAGAGUCUCACUUCCCAUCAAAUAAUUCAUACAGGGGAGAAACCCUAUCAGUGCUUGGAAUGUGGAAAGAGCUUCAAUCGGAAGAGUAGUCUCACUUCCCAUCAAAGAAUUCAUACAGGGGAGAAACCCUAUCAGUGCCAAGAAUGUGGAAAGAGCUUCAGUCAAAGUGCCCAUCUCACAACCCAUAAAAUAAUUCAUGUAGGGCAGAAAACCUAUCAGUGCAGAGAAUGUGGAAAGAGCUUCAAUCGGAAGGAUAGUCUCACUUCCCAUCAAAGAAUUCAUACAGGGGAGAAACCCUAUCAAUGUUUUGAAUGUGGGAAGAGCUUCAGUCAAAGUGCCCAUCUCACUACCCAUCAAAGAAUUCAUACAGGGGAGAAACCCUAUCAGUGCUUGGAAUGUGGAAAGAGCUUCAGUCACAGGUCAAAUCUUACUACCCAUCAAAUAAUUCAUACUAGAGAGAAAAAGUCUCAGUGUCUGGAAUAAUCCAAGUUCUUCGUAAAAAAAAACCCAACGAAGGAGAUCCCACCCCCUUAUGAGGGAGUUCCUUUUCACUGUCUGCUGUUACUAUCAGAAAGUUCUUCCUGAUCGUUAGGAGGAAUCUCCUUUCUUGUUACUUGAAUCCACUUGCUCCAUCUUCCAUGGGAAAUCACUAUAGAUUGAGGAACAAAUAAUUAUUAUUCUAAUUGAAAUCCCCAUAAGACCAUUUAAAAAAGAGCCUAACUAUAGAUUAUUGACGGAAACAUUUUGUUGGGAAUAUCCAGAAGGGAUCUUAUUUAUUUAUCAAGGAACAAAACUAAGAAGUGUGGAACCAAUGAAGGCAAGUUCUUUUGUGAGAAAAUAUAAAAAAAGACUUUGGAGAAUUAGAGGAAACACAACGAACAGAAGUAGAAGAAAAGGAGGUGGGAGAGGGAAAGGAGUAAUGGGACAAAAGAAUUAGACAUUGGGAUGGAUCUGAAAGUGCUCUUGUGGAACAUAAAUGGAUUUAGGAAUAAAACCAAAAGAAACCAAAUAGUACACAUCUUUCUUAAACAAAAGUUGGAGAUUAUACUGUAUUGUAGAGCUUUUUAACUCUCAAAUUCAGGUCAAGUUCAAAAAUAAUUCCAAGUUCAGGUCAAGCUGAAAUUAAUUUUAAGUCAAGUUCAAAGUUUUAAAGAGCUGUUAACACCAGAUUGGUAUUUAAAUUGUUGUCAUUUAGUUGUUUAGUCGUGUCCGACUCUUCGUGACCCCAUGGACCAUAGCACGCCAGGCACGCCUGUCUUGCACUGCCUCCCACAGUUUGGUCAAACUCAUGUUCGUAGCUUCGAGAACACUGUCCAACCAUCUUGUCCUCUGUCGUCCCCUUUAAAUAGCUUUGUAUAAUCCACAACCCUUGUCGCCCAUUAGCUGCCUUUAACUCCAAAGGGAAAAUAAUCCACAAGUUUUCCACUUGUAAAGGCUCUCAUGCAUAAACUGCCACAGACGGGAGUAGACUUCCUUUAAAUCUUCCCGUUUUUACCAAAUUUUAAAUGAUUAUAAAUACUUCUCACCUUAAUGAUCGGCUUGAAGUUUUUGGAUAAGUAGACUGCUUCAAAGGCUGAUCAGAAGCUUUGCUCCGUGGAGUCGCAAUGUUGCCUAACCCGCCAGCUUUUUCGGCUCCCCGCUCCCUGUGUUUCGACACGGAGGCAGAGAAGAGAGCCCACCAAAGUGCCGUUGUGGGUCGCAGGACCUCUUGACACCUCAGACUCCCUUCCGAGACUUUCUUGAGGGUACGCAUCACUCUCACGCUUCCCCCUGGUCCUCCACAGAGCCGAAUCUGAACACGCUCAAAUUGAGCUGUCAGACUCUCCGCCCACCCACCAUUUCGCGGCUACCCGGAAGUCGAUGUACUGGGACUUCUGACAGGAGAGGAAAGGCAGUUGCCCCCACAAUACAAGGCCUACCAGGACGUUUCUGUGAGGAGGCAGACCAGCUUGGCCCCCUCCCCAACCUUAUGACUGCAAAAUAGACCUAUUACCAGGGGCUCAGAUGCUCACCAGUCAUCUAUACUCCACGUCAGAGGCAGAGCUGGCUGCUCUGAAGGCGUUUCUGGAGAAGAAUGUAGCAUGAGGCUUCAUUAGACCACCCAAGGCUCUGGGAAGAUCCCCUGUUCUAUUUGUGAAGAAGGGAAUUUCUGAACUUCGACUUUGUGUUGAUUACAGACACGUGAACAGGAUUAUGUUGCCAAUCUGCUACCCCUUGCCCCACAUCGGGGAUUUGCUCGAGUGGGUGCAGUCUGCAAAGAUUUUCACAAAGCUGGACCUAAAGGGGGCUUAUAACUUGAUACAUGUGAGGGAGGGAGAUGAGUGGAAGACAAUGUUCUGCACCAGGUAUGGCAGCUUCGAAUACUUGGACAUGCCUUUGGGUUGCAGUUGGGGACAGCGAUGUUCCAGGCAUUCAUCAACCACGUGUUAGACCUUCUUAUCUACUCUGAGAGCCCAGAACAGCAUGUGCAGCCUGUGGCGGAGGUGCUACAGAGGCUGAGAGAGCACUGACUUUACGCAAAGUUGAAGAAGUGUAAAUUUCACAUCACAGAAGUAGAGUUUCUGGGUUAUUGUAUAAUGCCGGGAGGAGUGCACAGCACAUGGAUCCGGCCAGAGUGUAGGCGGUGGUGUCAUAGAAGGAGCCCCAAAACAAGAAGGAUCUGCAAAGGUUUCUGGUGUCCAUGAACUACUAUUGCAAGUUCGUGGCCGGGUACUCCAGGCUCACGGUGCCCCUCCCUGACUGCUUGAGGGAAAAGAAACCUUAUCUGUGGACAGCAGAGGCUCAGCAAGCGUUUGAGUGACUCAAGGCCAUGUUCGCCGCAGAGGAGCACCUAGGCCACGCCAACCCCCAUAAAUCGAUGGUGGUGGAGAACGAGGCCUCUGAUAGGGCACUGGGAGCUGUGCUGCUUCAAGAAGACCAAGUUGGCAAUCUGCGCUCAUGCUCCUUCCUUUCCAGGAAAUUACCUUCUUCUGAGCAAAACUACAUCAUCUGGGAGAAAGAGCUGUUAGCUAUCGGAGAUGCAUUUGAGGUGUGGGGGCAUUUCCUGGAGGGUGCACAGCAUCAGGCACACCAAAACCUAGAGUUUGGGCAAACAGCGAGGCACCUCAACCAAAGGCAAAUCCGGUGGGCGCAGUUCUUUGCCAAGUUUGACUUCAGAGUGCAAUAUGUAGCUGGCAGUCAGAACCAGGGAGCAGGUCCCUUUCCAGGAAGCUGGAGUAUCAGGGAGGAGAGCCGGUUCCCGUGUCUUUCCAUAUCCUGAAGCCAGAGCAGCUGCAGUUAGCGGCCAUCACAGCGGUGGAGGCGACUGAGUUCCGACGGGAGACGGCUGAAGAUGAGUUCUCUAAAGCCAAGCUAGAGGCACUGCUUAGGGAUGCAGGCAGUGCCAAAGGGUUCGAGUAGAAAGAUGGCUUGAUGUAUAAGGGAGAGGCACUCUAUGUCCCAGAGGGGGAACUGCAAGCCAAGGUCCUAGGGCAGUGCCGUGAUAACCCUACAGCUGGACAUUUUGGACAGUCUAAAACCCGCUACCAAGUGAUGAGUUCACCUCACGAUUUUGGAAGACUUAUGCAAUUGCUCAAGAUAGAGGUGUAUCUCACUUUGGCAAGGCACCCAUAGAUGAAUGGGGAAUCAGAGAGGACUAACGCCAUGUUGCAACAGUACCUUUGGUGCUAUGUGAACUAUCAGCAAGAUGACUGGGUGUCCCAACUGCCUUUGGCGGAGUUAGCGUACAACAAUGCCCUGUAUGAGUCGACUCGCUAAACUCCCUUCUUUGCCAAUCAUGGACGUCAUCCACGCACCUUUCCUUCACAAGAGGACAGACUGUCGGUGCCUGCAGCUGAGGAAUUUGUGCAGGAGAUGGAAGCACUGCAUAGUUUAAGGGAGCUUGUUUAAGUUGGAGAGUUUAAGUUGGACUUGACUAAGGAAGUGUACAAGAGAGGGGCAACAGGGUGCGGAGAUAAGGGUGGGAGACAAGGUGUGGCUAUCCACAAAAGACCUGCCCCAGAAGGGUAGAUGCCAGAAGUUGGAUCCUCGGCAGGUGGGGCCCUUUGAAGUGAUAGGAACAGAUCAAUCCUGUAACGUUCCGACUCAGGUGGCCAACUUCCAUGAUGUUCACAGGGCAUUGGUAUCCCCAGUGGUUCCUCCUCACCCUUACCAAGCCCCUAGGGAAGCACCCCCUCCCCCAGUGAUAGUGGAGGGAGGAGUUUGAAGUAGCGCAGAUUUUGGACUCCCGUUGGAACAGAAGGAGGCUACAGGAUCUGAUAGAGUGGGAGGGGUAUGGCCAUCCCAAGAGAUCCUGGGAGUUCACUACAGAUGUUCAUGCUCCUGAGUUGCAAAGGGAGUUUCACUGCAACUCCCUGACAGGCCUAGACCCAGUGGGUGGAGGUAGGAAAACGAGGAGGAGAGCCUUGGGGGGGGGAGUGGUGUUAGGAACCUGGCUCCCCAGGACACAGUAAGCAAGUGAGCUUGCAGAUGAGGCAGAAGGCUCAACUUUCCUAGCUAACACCCGGCAGCUGCAACCCCCCUCCCUCUCUAGACCUGGCACUCCGGUAUCAGGGGGAGGGGGAAGACAGGCCAGACGAGGGCAGUCUGCCAAUGGGUUGGAUAACUGGAAGCAUUAUCUAAAAGAAGAGCCACUUAACACUUAACCUGAGGCAUCGCUGUUGGGCACACUUCCAGGAAGAACUGUCAGGGAGGAUUCGGAGGAGCAAUGGACAGAGGAGGCGGCAGAACAGGGGCUCAGGGAUGCUGAAGAGCCUUGCAACCGCCCAGAGACAGAGGAAGUGGAGGCGAGGGUGGAGGAAGGGCUCAGGAAUGCUGAAUGCUGAAGAGCCCUUCAACUGCCCAGAGGCUCAGGAAGGAAGCUCAGACUCAGGAAGGGAGGGGGCUUUCAAAUCAGCACAAACAAGAAGGGAAAUGAAACAUAAGGAUCAAAUACAUCUCAUGUGAUUCCCACGUCUACUUUGUUGGCAGAGGAAUCGUAGGAUGCCACUCCCUGAAUCUGACUCAACGGGUUCGGACACGUAAUUCUGAACUGUAGCUGAUUCUUGUAUAUAUGUAAUAAAGACUGUAGGUACCAAUGCUGAUGGUGCCGGAGUGUUAAUGCGAAGGGGAAACACCACCUUUACAACAACUAAGUCAGUAGUGGACUCAUCAGAUGGCUUGAGAGAUGUUUUGGUGCUUUUGUAAUCAGCGGUGUCUGUAUCACUACUAGAAUCUGCAGCAGCACCACCAUCGCCAACACCAUCAGAAUCACCUUCACCAUCAGAUUAAUUACCUGCAUCAUCAGAAAUGGGGUGACACUGAAAAAUCCCCACAUUGUCCCAUUUCACAUUGCAUUUAAUGCUCCGAGUCAACCUUAUUAUUUUGAUAUCGGACAUUAAAACAUAAUAAGCACCUUUCUCAUAACCAAUAAAUAUUCCAUGCAAACCACGUUUGCUCAGCUUGUUGUCCUGAGGUGUAUGAACCCGGACAUCUAAACCAAAUAUUCUGAGGUGAUUGAUGAAAGGCUUUUUCUGGAAUAGCGUUUCAUAAGGAGUACAGCCUAUGGCUGAUGGAACCUGCGAUUGUAGCAAUAAACAAAACAGUUUAAAGCUUCUCCCCAAAAAAGGGUCUGGCAAGUUGGCAUCAUGCAGCAAAGUUUUCAUACCUUGUUGCAGGGUCUGAUUUACCCUCUCACAGAGACCAUUUUGCCAUGGGGACCUGGGACAUGCAUUUUGAUUUCAGCCAGAAAUCGUUCAAAUUCAGUUGAACAAAAUUCUCCCCCUCUAUCUGUGAAUAAACAUUUCACCUGUGUAUCGUGCACAUUUUUCAGCCAUGCGUAGACAUCCUUAAACCUGGAAAAUGCAUCACUGUGGGUUAAACCACAGAGUCUAGAGCUUGCUGAUCAGAAGGUCGGCGGUUCAUAGAAUCAUAGAAUCAUAGAAUCAUAGAGUUGGAAGAGACCACAAGGGCCAUCCAGUCCAACCCCCUGCCAAGCAGGAAACACCAUCAAAGCAUUCCUGACAGAUGGCUGUCAAGCCUCUGCUUAAAGACCUCCAAAGAAGGAGACUCCACCACACUCCUUGGCAGCA